UAUGUCAUUCGGACUAACCAAUGCUCCUGCAGCAUUCAUGGACCUGAUGAAUAGAGUAUUCAAGGAUUUCCUCGAUAUCUGUGUAAUUGUGUUUAUCGACGACAUCCUCGUGUACUCUCAGUCAGAAGAGGAGCAUGAGUUACAUCUUCAGAUGGUACUGCAACGACUUCGAGAACAUAGACUCUACGCCAAGUUCAAGAAAUGUGAGUUCUGGUUGUCUCAGGUGUCCUUCCUAGGGCACAUAGUGAGUAAAGAUGGGAUCAAGGUGGAUCCCGGGAAGAUCGAAUCCGUCAGGGAUUGGCCGAGACCGAAGACAGUGACAGAGAUCAGAAGCUUUUUGGGAUUAGCUGGGUAUUACCGUAGGUUCGUGGAGGGGUUCUCCAAAAUUUCAAUGCCCCUAACCGAGCUUACAAAGAAGAAUCAGCGAUUUAUCUGGUCAGAUAAAUGCGAAGCUAGUUUUCAGGAGCUGAAACAGAGGUUGAUUACUGCUCCGGUACUAGCUUUGCCUUCGGACGAGGAGAAGUUCGUGGUCUAUUGUGACGCAUCCAAACAGGGUUUGGGGUGCGUAUUGAUGCAAGCCGAUCGGGUUAUCGCUUAUGCCUCCCGUCAGUUAAAGGACUAUGAACAGCGAUACCCGACUCAUGAUUUAGAAUUGGCCGCAGUGGUUUUUGCACUGAAGACCAGGGUUUGCGUCCCGAACAAAGGUGGACUUGAGGAACGAGAUCUUUGA